GCCCUCUUUAUCCAAGCCACCGUGUCCUCCACGCGCUUCCACCUCCAUGUAAACACUAAACAGUGUCCCCUCCACUAGUCCACUGUGCUAUUGUACAGUUUGACUUCUCAUCUUACCAGCUUCUUGAAAGUCCAAAUUCCAUUUUUUUUACCCCAAAAAAAUUGUGUUUUUUUCUUUUUUUUGGGGGGCAGUGUUCUCUGUGUAACUGUGUUCUUGCUGGGUGGAGAUGAAGUGGGUGAAGACUAAAGGGGAAGGGAAGACGAUGGUGUCGAAGAAGAUGAAAUGGGUGGGGCUAGUGGGGCUGGUCGUCUCUGCUCUCUCCCUCGUCACCCACUUUCUUCUUGCUCGCCACACUUACGGCGGCGCCGCCGUGUCGGAGUUCCGGUCUUCUGUCACCAUAUUCUCGUGGAGGCCCAUUUUCGACAAUGCAGAUCUUCCCAGUGCUAAUCUGAUUCAUGAAAGACUUUGGGGUCCGGUUAGGCCUCUUGAAUAUUUACAUGCUGAUGCCAAUCCUGGAUCCAAUUAUCCAGCAGCUCCUGAAGUUAUGUCAACUGGGUUUAUCUUUGUGAGGAUACGAGGCGGUUUCCAUGAGAUCAGGAAUUCGAUUUCGGAUGUUGUUGCUGUUGCUCGACUUCUCAAUGCUACGCUCGUUGUUCCAGAGAUUCAGUCUACGACGAGCAGCAAGGGGAUCAGCUCAGAGUUCAAGAGUUUUGCUUACCUCUACAAUGAGGAUCAGUUCAUGGCAGCUUUGGCAAACGAUGUGAAAAUCGUGAAAACCCUUCCGAAAAAUCUCAAAGGAGCGAGGAGGAAGAAAGAAAUUCCUUCGUUCAGAGUGUCAUACUCAGCUUCGCCGUCUUUUUACCUGCGCCAUGUUCUCCCCGUGCUGACUCGACACUCGGUUGUUGAGCUUGUUGUUUCUGAUGGUGGAUGUUUGCAGUCCACAUUGCCUCAACAUCUUAUCGAAUACCAAAAGCUGAGAUGUCGGGUUGCUUUUCAUGCCCUGAGAUUCAGAGAUGAGGUCCAAGAACUUGCUAUUAAAGUUUUGAAUAGAUUACGAGCUUCAGGGCGGCCAUUUAUAGCAUAUGAUCCUGGGAUGACGAGAGAUGCUUUGGCAUACCAUGGCUGUGCCGAGCUUUUUCAGGAUGUGCAUACCGAGCUUAUCCUGCACAGGAGAUCAUGGAUGAUCAAACGCAGAAUUCUGAAGGGGAAUCUUUCUGUAGAUUCUGCCAAACAACGUCUCAAUGGAUUGUGUCCUCUUGUGCCUGAAGAGGUUGGGAUUCUUCUACGAGCAUAUGGUUACAAACCAGACACUAUCAUUUAUGUAUCUGGCGGGGAGGUCUUUGGUGGACGAAAGCAGUUAAUUCCACUUCAUGCUAUGUUUGAGAAUGUCGUUGACAGAACAUCCUUAAGCACUCUGUGGGAGCUGAGUAAAAUGUAUGGUCGUGAGACCACGCUCGUGGACAAAUAUUCGACGACUCCUUUGAUCAAGGAAGACCGGAAAAAAAUUCGUGACUGGAAAACUGCUGGCCCACGUCCUCGCCCUCUUCCACCUCCCCCAGCACGACCCAAAUCAUACAACAUUGAAGGCUGGUGGGGUUGGGUGGCUGAGAGUGAUAACGAGCCCGAGAGUAGUAUUGAAGAAUUGAGGACUAAUGCUCACAAGUUGUUAUGGGAGGCAAUAGACUACAUAGUCUGCCUCGAAGCAGAUGCAUUCCUUGCUGGAUUCGAUCGUGAUGGUAAAGGGCACCCCAAUUUUGCUAGUUUAGUAACGGGGCACAGGCUUUAUCAGUUCGCUCCAUCGAGAACAUACAAUCCUAACAGAAAAGAAAUCGCAAAGCUUUUCGAGGAGAUCCGCGAUACAUUAUAUCAGGCCAACCGUACUUGGAUAACAUCCAUACGCAAGAGCCUAAGGAGAAAUUUAGUUGAUGGUUUAGCUAAGGAAUCAAAGAGAACCAGACCACUGUCUCUUCUCGCCUUUCCAGUUUCAGAAUGUUCUUGCACAGUGCAUGUUUCCACCGAAAGAUCAGACAACGCUUCAAGUCCUCCCCAUUCUCAAAUAUCCAAUUCUCUUGGAGUUCUGAGGCACUGCCCUUCAUGGAUGACGAAUGGUCACACCAUAUCUCAAUCGAAGGAUGAAAGCGAAGAGGAUCUUGAUGAAGACGAUUCCUUGUCUUCUGGAUUGUUCUCUUGGCAAAACAACAACAACAACAACAACAACAACAAUAAUAAUAAUAAUAAUCACGAAGGUGAUAGUGGAGAGAUAAGCAACAAAGAAGAAGCUUUGGUGGAAGAUCAAGAAGAGCUCGAGGGAGGAGAAAGAUGAGUUCAGGCAAAGUAUAAUGCAGAGGAUGAACAAAUUUCUAGCUGUGGAAGAUUACGAAUGCAGUUCCUAUAAGUCUAUAACAACGUAAUCUGGAACAGACAGGGAUGUGUUGUGACUGAAACUGUGGAUUCCAUGUGACACAAGGCAUGAAAAGAAGAUUCGGGGAAAGGAAAUCCAGAAGGCUUCUAGUUCGCGAUGACUGUUUGUUGAAUAGAUGAA